AUGGAGGAUUUUGGAUCGGCAGCAGCUACCAAAGCUGCUUUACUUCUUGUUAUCGGAGAACCUGUAUCUGAGGACCAUAAGCAUUUAAUUCCUGAGGAAUUAGCUAAAGGGUUUCGUACUUGGGAUGUGGAAACUACUGGAGUUGAUAUCAAUGAAGAAGUUUCCAAGGUUGUGUCCAAUGCGAGCCUUGGAGAAGAAGGGCCCUAUGGUGAGCGGGUGAUGAGUAACUGCACAGGUACACUAAGUAUUGAAGUCUUAAUAGCCCCUCAGACUACUACUGUGAAGAGAGCAUUGAAGAACUUUCUGGGAGCACCUGUCAAAUACCAUCACCUCAUUUAUGCUGGCCAUGCCCUACAGGGUACUGGAGAAUGGAUUUUACAAGAUGAUACUUUCACUUUUGGGGAUUUUGCAGCCACUUUCAAGGAUCCUGAUGUUGAGAAUGCUCUCAAGCAACAGGAAGAAGCUGUUUUAAACAUUCACUGUUUUGCCACUGGUGACUGGAAUAAUGCUAGUCUUUCUAGGCGUAAAAGUAUUGAGAAUGUUCAUCCAGAAAUUGGUCAUGUGUAUUUCAAUGCUUACAAGGGAAGUCGUAAUUCACAAGAUGAAGUAGAAACUGAAGGAAAACCCAAUAGUUUACUUGUAAACCUUGCUGUUGAAGGGGAUAAAAUAGUUGAUAAUGUCCGCUCACUGGGGCAAACUCCAAAUCCCUGCUACAGACCAGCAACUGCAACAACAAUUGACCCAGUAAACUUGUACCACAAAGUAGGACAUGGUUCUUUGGAUAUGUACAUCUUAAACCCAGUCCAAGACAGCAAAGAACUGAAGGAGUUCUAUCAGCAGUGGAGCAAGCAAUCUAUACAGAAUAGCAACUCUCCUCAGUUCCCACUGUCUAACAUGCUGUCCAUUUGUACUCUUCUUAUUUGGAGACCAGCAGAUCAAACUGAAAACAUAACUCGUAUUUUCUUCCCAGGAAAUGCUCCACAACACAAAGUCAUUGAAGGACUGGAAAAGCUCAAAACUCUGAAUGUCCUCAAGGUCCCUAAGUGCUGUGAUAAAGAGCUGAAUGCUCCAAAAGCUGCUCUUAAGAAAUCUGUGCCCUCAAAAACAUCAACUGCAUCAAGAGCCCCUUCAAAAUCUGCAGUCUCUAAAGUUGAAGCCCCAAAGCGUGAGAGUAAGGUGGAUCUGAAGUCCAAAGCAUUGGCACCAAAGACGAACAAGGUGUCAAAGGAGGACACUAAUAACAAAAAGGCAAGCAAGACUAAAGAGAAAGGAGACAAGCCAAAAUCUGCUGUAUCCAGAUCUCCUAAAACCUCUCCUCCAACUGAAGUACCACCCUUCUCUUCUCCUGCACAAACUCCUGCUGCAAUUCCUGAACCAACACAAGUAAUGAAGGAAUCACCACCAGACUUGGUGCAGAAGGAUAACAAUCUUCUUGUAGACUUUGGAUCUGCACCUGAUCAACAGUUGCAGCAGCAGCAGAACACAGCUCCAGCAUCUGACACUUUGCUUGAUCUUAUUGGACAUUCAUCAAUGAAGGCUGAAUCUGAGCAGUUGUUAGCUUCAGAUCCUACUUGCUUCAUGAACAAUCAAUCACCAGAUCCUUUACCUGAUCCAAAUUAUGUUGAACAUGAUACAAUUAGGGAACCAGAAGGUCAGCUCAACAGUGGACUUAAUCCUAAAGAGAUGGAAGACAUGGGCAUUUAUGAUGAUGACCUGAUGGUGCAAAGAGAGCGAUCAGAUGAUGCUGUGGAAGCUGAUAAGCUAGUCUCUUCUAGUUCUGAUGAUAAAGGGUUUGAGGAAUAUGAAGAAGAGGUUCAACCGGAAUCCUUGCCAGAACCUGACCUAAUUAUGGGCAGCCAACCUUUGCAAUAUGACAUGCCAACUCAUGAAUUUGGAGCUAAAUUAGAUUCAAUGAAAAUGGAUGGGGAUAUGUUUCCUACCCGUGUCAAUGUAUUGCAAGAUGACUUUUCAAAAGAAUCUUUGGCAGAAGAACAUUAUUCAAAAGAACCCUUGGCAGAAGAUGAAUCUGACUUAAAUGUGGGACAACCACCCAUGGCGGAAGUAGAAUCCUAUUCAAAGGAAGAACAACUCAUGGCAGAAGUUGAAUCCUAUUCCAAAGAAGAACAACUCAUGGCAGAAGUAGAAUCAGAUUUAAAUGUGGGACAGCCACCCAUGGCAGAAGCUGAAUCCUAUUCAAAAGAAGAACAACUCAUGGCAGAAGUAGAAUCAGAUUUGAAUGUGGGGCAACCACGCAUGGCAGAAGCUGAAUCCUAUUCAAAAGAAGAACAACUCAUGGCAGAAGUAGAAUCAGAUUUAAAUGUGGGGCAACCACCCAUGGCAGAAGCUGAAUCCUAUUCAAAAGAAGAACUCAUGGCAGAAGUAGAAUCGGAUUUAAAUGUGGAACAGCCUCCCAUGGCAGAAGCUGAAUCCUAUUCAAAAGAAGAACAACUCGUGGCAGAAGUAGAAUCGGAUUUAAAUGUGGAACAGCCUCCCAUGGCAGAAGCUGAAUCCUAUUCAAAAGAAGAACAACUCAUGGCAGAAGUAGAAUCAGAUUUAAAUGUGGGGCAACCACCCAUGGCAGAAGCUGAAUCCUAUUCAAAAGAACUCAUGGCAGAAGUAGAAUCAGAUUUAAAUGUGGAACAGCCUCCCAUGGCAGAAGCUGAAUCCUAUUCAAAAGAAGAACAACUCAUGGCAGAAGUAGAAUCAGAUUUAAAUGUGGAACAGCCCCCCAUGGCAGAGGCCGAAUCCUAUUCAAAGGAAGAACAACACCUGUCGGAAGUUGAAUCUGAUUUAAAAGAAGAAUCUCAGCCCAUGCCAGAAGUUGAAUCCUAUACAAAGGUGGAAGAAGAACCCAUUGCAGAAGUUGAAUUUGAUACAAAGGAAGAAUCCAUUGCAGAAAUAGAAUCUGAUACAAAGGAGGAGGAAGAACCCUUGGUAGAAGAAAAACCCUUGGCAACUGAGAUGGCUGAUCCAGUUGAGAGUAUGCCAGAAGAAUCACUAUCACCUGAUAGCUUUGAACAUGACAUGGACAAAGAUGCAUAUCCUCCAAUGGAUUAUGAGCAUGAAAGAGAUGAAUUGCCUGAGGGUGGUUUUGAGCAGGAUGUGCACAAUAGGGAUUUCUCACCUAAUGCUGAUAUGACCAAUUCUGUUUAUGGUAACCUGAUGGCGCAAAGUGUCCCUUCAGCUGAAGCUUUUGAACAACUGCAACAAGAGUGUGCCGAAAUGGAAAAUAGAAUGCAUGAGAGUUCCUCCCAGGAAGAUUUUGAGAGUCAGCAAGAAACCAAAGAAUCCUCUCCGGACUCUGAGAGGUCAUCUCCAGACUAUGAACCAGAAGAGGUAGAAUCUCCAGCAUAUGAAGAAGAGAGUCCUGAACCAGUGAAACCAGAUGAAUAUGAGGAGGAUUCCUCUAAACAUGAAGACCAGGAACGAUCUAGCCCCGAGGGUUUUGAUGAUGAGUACGAGAGAGAUGACGAAUCAAAUGAAGAACCUGAACAAGCUGCUGCUCAUGAAGAAUUUGAUAAAGAUGAAAAUAAAGAGAACAAUGGUCCAGAUGUUGAUGCUCAGGGCUUUGACAUGCAUCAUUCUGAUAGUGGUACUGCAUUUGAUGAACAAUCAGAUGAUCUUACAGAAAAGGAAAGUGCUGAUCACAUAAAGAAUGAAGAUCAUGGCAUUUAUGAUGAGGAUUCUGAAGAAGUAGCCUCUCAACCUGAAGAUGAGCCUCAAAUGGACUGGAAUGAACCUCAGCCUGAAGAGCAGAUGGAUAUACAAGAUGACCAGGAAAUCUCCAAAGUUGAUGAAAGUGAAGCUGAUGUGGAUUCAGAAACUCACACUGCAUCUUCUCUCCCUGCAGCAUUUGAAAAAGAUGAGACUCCCCAACCAGGCGACAAGUUAGCAACUGGCUGCUCUGACCAAGAUGAUGAAAGAGAUGAUACUGAUUCUAUUGAUGGAGGUACUCCAGAAGAUGAAAAAGAUAUUGAUGAAACGUUUGAUUCUUCACAACAAGCCACUGAUACUGAUAAACACUUUGACCCAUCAACUCCCCACCCAGCCUGGAGUACAACAAGCAACCUGUCACCUCUUGCCCAACCUUUUGAUCCAAGUGGUAAUCAAGCAUUUGAUCCCUUUGGUCAACAAGGUGCAAAUAACUUCUCUGGAGAUAAAAGCCAUGAUACACCUGGACAGUUCCAAGAAUAUGAGUCUGGAUUUGGAGAAGUACAGUCAAGUGGUGCUUUUGAUGGAAAGGCAUUUGAUCCAACUGAGGAAUGGGGUAGGCCAAUGAAUUUGCCUUCACCACCACCUUUGCCACCAGAAGUAAAGAAAUCCAAUGGAGUAGCUACAAAAAAACCAUUGACAAAAUCUCCUAGUACUAGAACAGAUAGGAAGUUAGCAGAUUCAAGAAAGCCAGAAACUAAAAAAACAACCUCUACAUUAGGAAGAUCUCCAAAACCCGCUCUUGACCGCAAAGCUGGAUUAGCGAAAACUGAGAAACCAGAGAAGAAGUUGUCAAAUGGAGAUGCUGACAUGAAAAGUAAAACUCGCUCAACAGCCAGCAGCUUAGAUAAGUCUAAAUCCUCCCACUCUACUGCUGAGAAGAAGCCACUGACAAAAACAAGGCCUUCAUCGGCUAUUUCUGCUAAACUGGAAACAAAGAGUGCAAAUAGUACAUUAAAAACUGAAACCAAAACCAAACUGUCGUCUGCUAAACGUCCGUCAACAACUACAGGAAGCCGUGCAUCCCCUGCCUCCAAAGCUGCUCCUCCUCUGCCUCCACAUACCACUUUUUAUGUUGACCUUACCUACAUACCCAAUCAUGGCGACCCUACAUACAGUGAUAUUGAAUUCUUCAAGAGGAUCCGUGCACGCUAUUAUGUCCUUAGUGCCCUCUCUCCUAACCCCCAAAUUUUGAAUGCCCUUUUAGAAGCUAAACAGACCUGGGAGGAUAAGAAUCUCGAAGUUACAGUUAUUCCAACAUAUGAUAAUGAAACAUUAAGGCAUUGGAUGGGCUUACACAGAGAUGAGCUGACAGAUUUGAAGAUUGAUGUGGCACCAUCUGCCAGUCGCUGCACAAUUCAGUUGCAGGAUCAUGAGACCAGUUGCUCUGCUUAUAGGUUGGAAUUCUAA